AAGUAAACGGAAUCAAGAACGACCAGCGGCCAAUAACAAUUUCAACGUUUUUGUUAUUUAUACGGUUAUAGGCGUUAUUAACCCUGGAACUCAAAAUAUGACGGGCCUUGUUUGAUAGAUGUCAUCUAGGUAACGCUAGCUAGCUGUUAACAAUGGCUAACUGUGUGGUUUUUCACACUCAAAUAGCCUCCGUUAUGGAGGUGCUAGCGAAUGCAGCCGUAGCAGAGAUCUGUAAACUCGUAGACGACGACUAUGCAGUGUUACAAUUGGAAAUAACUCAAAGCCAGAAAGAAAACAGGACAUUGCGGAGGAAACUACAGCUAUUGGAACUAAAGGUGGCACGGGAUCGCGCAGAGAGGACAAUGCGAGAGCGCGUCGUCGCCAGUCGUCCCAGUAGUGUCAAGAUCCUCGACCAAUACAGAGAGAUGGCAAGAGGACAUCUCACUGGAGGCCACAGGAGCUUUGUGAAGCCAGUGAGAGACAAUACAUGGAGACAUGACCAACCAGUCACUGUUGAUGAGGGGAGUGGAACCUCAACCCAGCACAUGGUGAUAGAGUCUGCAGAUACAGAGGCUGCAGGUCCUGGAGGAUCGUCUCUAGUAAAGCAGGAGAGGACUGAAGGAGACCCACAACAAAUCAGAAACAUCCAGACUGGAGUAGCGGCUGGAGUGGCGCCCCCUGUGGCCACAAAGGACCUCACCUCCUCGCCCCAGCCCAGGGCAAAACACAACAUCACAGAGAACAGUGGAACAAUGAAUGAGGUCUUCAAGUCAGAGACAGACACAGAGACUUUAAUUGUAACACAAAGGCUUUUACAUACAGGAUCUGUCCUCAGGUCAGACCCAGAGGGGCUGGGGCCACUGGUCUGUCCUCCUGCUCCCGGCUCAGAGUAUUUACUUUACAGUAACCUGAGCCCAAGGACAGUUCAUUCCCAACGGGACUCAUGUGACGCAUUAGAGACUGGCAAUGAUCCGUCUUGUGCCUACACUACAGAGAUCGAGCAUGGCAACAUAUCCUUGGGUUUAGAGACACAGAAUGAUCUGUCUAGAGGGAACUUGAACCAGUACAGUAGUAGUGUAUACACUGAAGGGUGCCUAGAUAAGAAAGGGGGGGUUAUAGUCGUAGAUGAAGUGACUGUGAAAGUGGAGGGCGAUACUCCUCCCACAUGGAAUGUAGAUUGUCAUCUAGGAGACAGACACUCACAGGGCAGAGAUUUGUUAGAUUACAGGGGAAGCUUAGGGACAAAUCUAAAUGUCGCCACCCACUCCUCUUUACACGCGUUCAGGGAUCGCGACCCAGUGUCCACGACGCUGGGGCCUUCCGAUUCACACAGCAGCAUCCUUUUCGAUCAGGUAUUGAACUCAAAGGGCCAAAAGGCCAAGGCUCAGGCAGUGGGAGCAACAUCAGACAAUAGUAAUGAGAAACAGUUCCUCUGCGUGUUCUGUAACAAAGGCUUCAGCUGCCCCCAGAAGUUGGAGGUCCACAAGAGAGUCCAUACAGGGAUUAAACCCUUCAGCUGUACCCAGUGUCACAUGCGCUUUGCACACUCGUCCAGCCUUAAGAGGCACCAGAGGGUCCACACAGGGGAGAAACCCUACAGCUGUACCCAGUGUCACAUGCGCUUCGCCCAGGCUAGCAACCUGAAGAUACACCUGAAGGUCCACAUGAGAGAGAGGCCGAUCGCCUGUAUGGACUGCGGGAAGAGGUUCUCCGAUAGGUGCUACCUCAUGAUACACCAGCAGAAAAACCAUUCCACUCUAUAACAUAGAAAGUAACCUUUGGGGGAAAUCACGUGACCCUUGAACGAGAUGGCGGCAUGAACUAAGAGUUCUGCGCAAGUAGUUUCCAAUUCCUAAUCUUACCACCACUCCAAGUUCAAACUCCUUUAGCUUUAGUUAAAACAAGUCAUGGCGGCUACAAAAGGCGACACUACAGGUGACAUUUUUACCCGGACUCGAGCAUUAGCGACGGAAAAAGCCUCCAAGAAGAAAUUAGCUUCAGAAAAAGCUAGCGCCAUUUGCCAGGAGCAAGAGGACCCGCUCCCCCCCGAGGCCCAACAAAUGUCAACCUCGCACUCGGUCGAAUACAUCAUUCCUGAGUUGUGAUUCAAACGUACAGAACUCAACACUAAAUUAGAUGCCAUUAAUUCUCAGCUCAGUGCGAUAGUGACAAUCCUGGAAAACGCUUUACCUGACAUCAACAACAAGAACCAUAAACGCGGGGCGCCUGGACAAGGCAGAGGGGCGAAUCCUAUCCAUGGAAAACUUAUUGACAGAUGCCAUGGAAACAAUAGCAUAUGCUAAAAAGAAAAUAGAGCACCUGGAAGAGAAAACAGAGGACCUGGAAAACCGGGGGCGAAGGAAUAAUUAUGUUCUAUUAAAUCUGGGCGAAAAAGAAGAGGUAAACAUGCCACUGAUCCGCUACCUGCAAGACAAACUUCCCGAGUGGCUCCACCUGACCACCGACGGGCCCAUAGAACUCGAGAGAGCUCACCGAGCACUGAGGCCCCCACCAGCAGCCAGACAACCACCGCGACCAAUCACCAUACGUUUCCUGAGAUUCACCGACAAGGAACGAGUCCUACAGGCGGCGAAAAACAACACCAUCACAGUGGGAAACGCCAAACUCACUUUACACCAGGACCUGUCAGCUGGAAUACGCCGAAAGCGCCGAGAGUUUGACGAGGUGAAGAAACACUAAUGACCGAGGCAUCUUCAGGGGAUUCAAAUACCCAAACGAGCUCAGGAUUCUUCACCAAGGAGCCUUACGAUACUUCAGAACUCCCGAAGAGGCAAAACGUUUUUUGAAAGACAAUCCUGGUCAAUGAGAAACGGACCAUUGACUAAAUGCGAUUUAAUGCUAUUACUAAAGGAGGUAAGACAACAUAUAGCCGGUAUCCAAAGACCCUCCCGCCCCGCUAAAUGUCAUUAUAGCCGUCCAAUCUAUAUUUAUUUUCCUUUAGCUGAGAGGGAUGGGCUCUAUAGCCUAACCUAGGCCUACUAAUGUUUCAGCCUACUUUUAUUUCCAUGUUUUUUUGUUGCUAUUAUUACUUGUUCCUUAUGUCCCUUGGGGGAGGUAUAUGUAGGCUGGGCUAUUGAUUUUAUUUUCUCCCUCAUUUAGUGUGGUCUGGACGAGGGCUACGUUGUCAUUUACUCAAUGCGGGGCGGAGAGGAUGAGGCAUUUCUUUGUUGGGGAGAGGGAGACGUUGUGCGUUACUAACUGUUCCCGGUUCUUGUUUUUUUCGGAACACAGAAUUGAGACUGUGGGGGGGGGGGGGGGGAUGAUUGAUCCAAAGGGAUGUGUCGUUGUUUGGGAACUCGGCUGGGGUGUUAAGAGAUUGUUAUUUUAUGUCCAUUUAUUUUCCUUUUAUGUGAACGCAGCUGUAACUAUUAUCCACUUUUACCCAGCGAUGACUUGCACUAAUGUUCAUUACGGUUCGAUGACGAUGACUAGUACCUUAAAUCUAUUGACAUGGAACUGCCAUGGUCUAGGGCAUGCAAUAAAACGGAAAAAGAUACUAUGUGCUCUAAAAAAGGAAAAAGCAGACAUUGCGCUAUUACAAGAGACACACCUCUGUGAUGCUGAACAUGCCAAACUCCGCAGAGCUUGGGUGGGACAGGUGUAUUUCUCAUCUUUCAAAUCAAACAGUAGAGGCACAGCCAUACUUAUCCAUAAAAAUGUUCCAUUCAUAAUUGACAAAAAUAUAUCUGAUCCAGAUGGGAGAUUUAUUUUGAUAACUGGGUCACAGUAAUUGGUUGACCAUACAAUCUUAAACAUAUACGCCCCUAACACAGAUACUCCUGCUUUCAUGUCAAAAAUGAUAAUCCUGUUCAAUGAGCAUUGUGUUUCCUUUGGCGUGGUGGCCAGAGAUUUUAAUUGUACCCUUAACCCAACCCUAGACAAAUCAUCUCAAGUGCCCACCACAAAUCCUAGAUCUGCAAAGAUGUUGAACUCUCUUACUAAAGAGAUGGGACUGAUAGAUAUCUGGAGAGAGACUAAUAGCUCAUCUAUGGACUAUACAUACUACUCUAAUGUCCAUAACACCUACUCCCGUAUAGAUGACAUUUUUUCCCAAAGAGUUUCAUAAAUUCAGCCACAUGUACAAUCGGACCCAUAGCACUUUCAGAUCACGCCUUUGUCCACCAACGCUUUGACCUCUGCAAAAACAUCCUGAGGUCAAAGAGCUGGAAAUUCAACACCCCCAUGCUAUCAAACGAAGCGUUCCAUACAUUGGUAACUACAUGGAUAGAGAACUACACACAAGACAACAAAGAUUCUCCUGUUUCUCCGGCCACAAUGUGGGACGCUGCUAAAGCCACACUCAGAGGUCAUCAAAUUGCAUAUGCUUCCUCUAAGAAAAAAGCAAUGGAAGCACACAGGCUAGCUCUUGAGAGGGAGCUGGAAUGCUGUGAAAAAAUACAUAAACAAUCCCCAGACAGCGCCUCCUGGAGUCAUCUUAAAGCAGCCAAAGCCAAACUGAAUUUGGACUACACUCGGGAGAUAAAAAAAAGUUUUCUUUACUAAACAGAAAUACCAUGAGUAUAGCAAUAGGCCCAGUAGAUUGCUUGCUUACCAAUUAAAAAAAGAGCAGUCAGAGCGUACAAUCAUGGCUAUCCGAACAGCAGAGGACGAGGUCACAUAUGACCCAAAAAAGAUCAAUUGAACUUUUCAUGAUUUUUACUGCAAAUUAUAUACCUCUGAGAGAAAACACACGGAGGCAGAACUCCACUCUUUCCUAGAGGGAAUCUUGCUACCUAAACUAUCAGAGACCGACAAAGAAGAUCUCAACUCCCCCUUCACUCCUGAGGAGAUCCUGGAGGCAAUUACCUCCAUGCCACCUAAAUAAGUCCCCAGGCCCAGAUGGAUUCCCCAGAGAAUUCUACAAAGCUUUUUGGCCCCAGCUCAACCCUAUCUUCAUGCCAAUGCUGGAGGAUUUUUGCUGGAGGAGUUCUCCCAGACUCAAUGUGCACAGCUCGCAUUACAGUGUUGCUCAAAAAGGACAAGGACCCUCUAUCCUGCUCGUCCUUCCGGCCCAUAAGCUUGUUGGAUUUCGACUACAAAAUAAUUACCAAAUUGCUUGCCAAAAGACUAAACACACUUCUUCCCAAAAUAAUAAAAGCAGACCAAACUGGAUUUAUUAAAGACAGAUACUAUUCUGAUAACAUUCGUCGUCUUUUUGAUAUUAUUGAUCAAGUAAACGCACAGAAGACCCCUGUCCUGCUGGCUUCACUGGAUGCUGAGAAGGUGUUUGACAGGAUGGAGUGGAGCUUUCUGUUCUCAGUCUUAGAAAAGCUUAGAAGAGCCUCUGGCAGAGCUGAUAAGGAGCAAUCCAAGUAUUUUGGGUGUUUCUGCAGGCGGCCUGCAGCACAAGAUUUCGCUUUACGCAGAUGAUGUCUUGCUCUACAUAUCCAGCCCUGAGAAAUCCCUCCCAUUUUAGACACAAUUGCUCAGUAUGGCAAGUUCAGGUUAUAAGAGCAAUUUGAACAAAUCCACUGUCUGCCCUCUCAAUAUUACACUCACCAGCUCUAUGAAGACACUAUGUCCUUUCCAAUGGAAGACACAGGGGUUUCAAUACCUCGGGAUCUUCAUAACACCAGAUCUGAAUAGCCUUUUCAAGGAAAAUUAUCUUCCACUCCUGGAUCGAAUCAAGAACGAUCUCCAAACCUGGAUCUCCCUCCCAAUUAGCUUAGUAGGAAGAAUUAAUGUCAUCCGUAUGAACAUCCUCCCUAGACUGAACUAUUUAUUUCAGAUGCUCCCAUGCUAUCUCCCAGUUUCCUUUAUCAUAACAACCAACCAAAGCAUCACCAAAUAUAUAUGUGGAAAUAAAAAACCUAGGAUCAAGUUCUCCACUCUAUUGAAACCUGAAUCUAAGGGUGGUCUUGCCCUUCCCUCCCUUCAAUUGUACUACUGGUCUGCCCAAAUCUGCAACAUGCUAACAUGGAUCACAAACAGAUGAGUCAAUGUGGAUUCAGAUAGAAGCCCAAUCAUGUGGUUCAUUGCCCUUAAGCUCAAUCAUAUUCAUUAAUAACUUUAGUGAAGUGGGCAACAUAGCUAAAACCUUUGAUUUACAGCACCCUACUAGUGUAGAGGGACUGUAAGAAAUACCUGGGCAUUUCCUCCCAAAUAUCUUCUCACUCGGCUAUAGUAGGCAACCCAGACUUGCCAAAAGCCCUGAGGGAUGCCAACUUUAAUAUUUGGCAUACUCUUGGAAUCAGGACCUUUUCAGAGCCAUUUCAUCAGAAAACCACUACACUGAAAUCCUUUCAAGAGCUCUGCAGUGAAUUCAAUGUGCCAAGAUCCCAUUUAAAAAUAUAUAUCUUCAAAUUAGACAUGUCAUUUCCUCGUUUACUUCCAAGAGGAGGUUUAGAACUCAGCUGAAUGAAGUUGAAACCCUUCUUGUCACAGCACAAUCCAUUAAAGGCAAAAUAUCUUAUAUCUAUAGACUCCUUUCUGAGAAAGGAGGCUUCUCCUUUACUCCUUUGAAAAUAAUCUGGGAAAAGGACCUUGGUCUGACUAUCAGUUAUGAGUUAUGAGCGGAGGUUUGCAACAGGGUAUACUGCACCUCUACUAAUGUCAAAAUGGAAGAAUCUAAUUACACAUUUUUGUACAAAUUUUAUUACACUCCUUUGAGACUCCAUAGAAUGAAAACAGAUAUGUCUCCUAACUGUAAACCAUGUACCUCUGAAAGUGGAACCUAUAUGCAUGUAUUUUGGAGCUGUAGAGAUUGCCAGAUUCUGGCAAUCGAUACAUACUGCUGCACAGAAAAUACUAGAGGUACAGUUAGAUACACGGGGUCAUAUCAAUCUUCUUAAUGCCCAGCAGGACUUUGUUCUUGAUCCUGACAGAGAAAAUUUGCUUAUGUCUAUUACAUACUUUGCUAAGAAAUGUAUACUCCUAUUGUGGGCCUCUAAUACCUCUAAUACCAGUGCCUUGCGAAAGUAUUCGGCCCCCUUGAACUUUGCGACCUUUUGCCACAUUUCAGGCUUCAAACAUAAAGAUAUAAAACUGUAUUUUUUGUGAAGAAUCAACAACAAGUGGGACACAAUUAUCAAGUGGAACAACAUUUAUUGGAUAUUUCAAACUUAAUUAACAAAUCAAAAACUGAAAAAUUGGGCGUGCAAAGAUGGUACUCUGCAGUCGUUCUCCACUGUUCAUGAGAGAUUCAACAGGAGUUUAGGACAUGGUACGAUUUGUAAGUCGCUCUGGAUAAGAGCGUCUGCUAAAUGACUCAAAUGUAAAUGUAUAUUUUAUAUAUAUAUAUAUAUACCAAACAAACUUUUUAUUUUAUUUUAGUUAUUAUUUUUAUUAUAUAUUCUAAUUUUAUUUUUUAAGCCUGUCACAUCUGUGAAUGUGGAAUGUGUUUUAUUGGAUGAUUGAAAAAAAAUAAUAAUAAUAAAACUUUAAAUUGAAAAACUA